GGUCAGACUGUCGGCCAGAUUAGAUAGAGCAUUAAGAGGAGCAGGACCCUGCUACCACGGAGAAGAUAGAGGAAUCGUGGGCUGAUCGCUUCUGCUCGGACAGCAGACGGGUGACAGUAGAUGAGCACACACUGUGUAGUAGCAGAAGCUCCGCCCCCCCAGGACAUUCAGAAGAGCCCGUUUUAAAGUUCACAAUUAAGAGAAAGGGAGGGAAUAGGAGAGAGACGUAGAAAUUAAUUCCUAAUUCCUGUUUAUAUUUAUUUAAAUAUCAGCUGCUAUCAUCCCUGGGAUUAUUUAUUUAGCCACUGAGGUUUUCAGGGUGACAUUUGUAUUGCGGAUUAUUAAGCUAUUUGAUUGGUAUACACUAAUAGACGCCUUUGGCAGAACGGCAGGCAGAUGGCUGUAACUCAGGCAUCUCUUCCUUCCUUCAGUUCAUUCUCAAACUUUUUCGGCUCAUCUGAAGACAUGAAGCUCGAGGUUCUCAGGCCACAGGUGUCAGUGUUUGACGAUGGCUCCCUGCAUUUGGACCUCCAGGAAAAAAAGCCAGCCUUUGAGAUCAACAGCAGCCACCAGCACGAGCCUCCACAAACCCUGAGUGCAGAGCACCAGGAUGAAGACAAUGGGCCUUGCUGGGACAUGGAGUUCCUGAUGUCUGGCUGGGGCGACUCAUCUCCUGAGUUUAACCCCCCUGUGGAUUACAGCUUCCAGCGGCCCGCGCCCCCAGAACAGGGUGGAUCGUACCAAGCGGGUGAACUAGAGGUAGCAGGUCUGAGGGAACAGAAUGCAACAGAUAGGCACCAUUUAGACAGUGGUGGCUUUAUGGCUGAUCUGCUCUCACCAGCAGAACAGCUCAGUUCUGUUUUGUCAGAGCCCUAUGGCAGAAGAUAUGAGGCCCAAGCACACGGAAAGCCACAGUAUUCACUGCAAUCCCCUUUGGACGAAACUCCUUUCUCUAUGGGGACUAAACCAGAUAGAUACAGUAACACUGGAACCUUCAACCUGUCUAAGGGGAGAUUAAGGGACUUUGGAUUUUGUAACUCCCGUCCUGCCCCCGCCUUCUCCUUCUCUGAGUCACAGCUCUUUCAGAUGACGGCUAUCGAUGCAGAAACGCAGCGGAUGCCUCCUCGUCACUACAGCCACGUCCCAGGCUAUGCCCAGCUGAGAGGUUACUCCAGUCAAAGUAUUCACAGCCACUAUCACACGGCCGGCCUUUUCACUCCUGCACAAACACUCCUCCAGAGCUGCCCAGAGCCCCCUGCAGGCCCAGAGGAGCAGCGCAUCCGAAAGGUGGUCAAGAAGAGGGCAGCUGUACAUAGCUGCAAUUACCCAGGCUGCGACAAGACUUACACUAAGAGUUCACACCUGAAAGCGCACCUUCGCACUCACACAGGGGAGAAGCCGUACCACUGCACCUGGGAGGGCUGCGGCUGGAAGUUCGCCCGCUCGGACGAGCUGACGCGUCACUACCGCAAGCACACGGGCCAGAAGCCGUACGAGUGCGUGCUGUGUCAGCGCACCUUCUCCCGCUCAGAUCACCUGGCGCUGCACAUGAAGAGGCAUGUCUGAGGGCACGCGGGCACCGAGCGGGUUACACGCAUGCAGAAGGAGCAACACUACACGCACACACAUACACAAACACACACAUUCACAAACACACACAUAGACACACACUCAGGGACCAAACCUCAUGCAAACAUACACAGGUGUUUGCACAGCUGAAUUUGUGGGGACUUGACUGACUGCCAUAUUACUGUAAUUAACAGUCUCUAAUAUUAAGCCAGCAAAACUCAAAAACAACAAAAAAAAACGAUCAAAAGUUUUUGUCUGCACUUGAGAACUUAUGAGGUUCUUUCAGUAUUCAAAGGCACCGCAAAGACACACACUGGAUAGAGUCCAUUCCUCAAACAUCUUUUUAAACUUUUAGCAGACACUUUUAUCCAAACAUUUUUAGAAAUUAUUUUAACCAACGCAGCAUCCUAACCUACCAAGUCACAGAAAGAACCCAGAAGUCAGAUGCUAUACGGUCAAAGCGACGCAAGCUCAGGGUACAGCAGCAGUGAUGGGCUUUAAACCCACAUAUACAGAGCAGAAUGGAUUAGCAGUCUAGCACCUUAACCAUUUCUUCGUCUUGUGCAUAGAAAUGCAAUCACACCUAGACAGUGUAAAUACAGUUACAUAUGGAUUCAUAAAUUCUGCCUGGACAAGUAUGUUUAACUAUGCCAGUCGGCUCCACGAUUACCUUUUCUGUCCUUCAACUCUUACAUUCUUACUGGUUGGUGGAUGGUGUGUCAUAAACAGGGAUUUGGGACUUAACCCUGAGUGAUUGCAAAACUGUUCAAAGCGUGAUUAUGUAAAUUCCCCCGAAUGCCUACAUGUAACAAAUGUUUCAAUGUAACAAAUCAUGCCUUCCGUAACAAGUUGACCUUAUAUAAGUCAGUCAAUUAAAUUCCGCCACCCGACAUAAGGGAUCAGGCCGUUCACGCUUAAGACCCUGUAAAUGUCAGUUGCAGUAGACAUCGGUACCACAGUCACAGCCAGGAACACUGACAGCCCCAAAAAGGUCGCAGGAGACACACACUGGCUCCGGGGCUGAAGCUCCUUCUGUAUCUGCACAGUCAUUGUCCUGGCACUUCCUCUCUGGAUUCUAGCACAACAACCGCGUAAAUUGUUCAUCAAAGUCUAUUAUGCCUUAGAAUUCUGACUCAAGCUAAAAAUAUUCAAAAGCUAUUUUUAUCAAACGUAAUUGCAUUUAUCGUUGCUUAUUCUGUACAAUGGCAGCUGAAAUCGCUGCAAUUUAUUAUAAUUAAAUACAUGAGUGCGCUUUGUGUAAAAGACUAUUUUUAUCAUUUUGUUAGUUUAUUUUGUCCAAAUACUUAAUAACGAUGCUAUUGUAUUUCAUUGUGUGCCUUUGAUGAAGCUGUUCUUUUAAGAAUAAAGAGCCUUUGUCUCUUUGA